AUGGAGCGCCACAGACAGACCGUCACCAAGAUCGCCGCCGCCGUGCGGUCCUUCUUCGACCGGAAGGAGCCUUACCGCAUCUUCCACGGCUCAACAAACAGCACCCGCCCCUUCCGCCGCGACCGCUUCGUCGACAUCAGCGCCCUCGGCAAUGUCCUCGAGGUCAACAAGGCCGCCCGGACCGCCCUGGUCGAGCCCAACGUACCCAUGGAUCGCCUCGUCGAGAGCACCCUCCGCCACGGCCUGAUCCCGCCGGUCGUCAUGGAGUUUCCCGGUAUCACGGCCGGAGGCGGCUACGCGGGCACGGCCGGCGAGAGCUCCAGCUUCAAGCACGGCUUCUUCGACGACACCAUCAACGAGGUCGAGCUCGUGCUGGCCAACGGCGAAGUCGUCCGUGCCAGCCGCAACGAGAGGGCCGACCUCUUCCGCGGCGCCGCCGGUGCCGUCGGCACCCUCGGCGUCACCACCAUGAUCGAGCUCCAGCUCGUCGAGGCCAAGAAGUACGUCAAGACGACGUACCACCGCACCCGCAGCGUCGCCGAGGCCGUCGAGACCGUCCAGGCCGAGACCCUCAAGCCCGAGAACGACUACGUCGACGGCAUCCUCUUCUCCAAGGACCACGGCGUCGUCAUCACCGGCAAGCUGACGGACGAGAUCCCCGCCGGCAGCAAGGCCCAGACCUUCUCCGGCGCCUGGGACCCCUGGUUCUACUUGCACGUCAAGGACCGCACGGCGGCCGCCGCCUCGUCCGGCGCCAUCGAGGGCGCCGCCCCCGUCGUCGACUUCGUGCCCCUGGCCGAGUACCUCUUCCGCUACGACCGCGCCGGCUUCUGGGUCGGCGCCGCCGCCUUCGACUACUUCAAGUACGUGCCCUUCACCCGCUUCACCCGCUGGUUCCUCGACGACUUCCUGCACACCCGCAUGCUCUACCGCGCGCUGCACGGCAGCGGCGAGUCGGCCCGCUUCGUCGUCCAGGACCUCGCGCUCCCCUACAAGAACGCCGAGCGCUUCGUCGACUACACGGCCGAGAGCUUCGACAUCUGGCCGCUGUGGCUGUGCCCCUUGAAGCAGACGGCCCCGCCCACCUUCCACCCGCACACGGGCGAGGUCGAGUUGCUGCCGUCUGCCGAGGGAGGCAAGACCGUGACGGCGCCCAAGCCGAUGCUCAACAUCGGCCUCUGGGGCUGGGGCCCCGCGAACCCGGACGAGUUCGUGGCCAAGAACCGCGCGCUCGAGCACAAGCUGCGGGAGCUGGGCGGCAUGAAGUGGCUGUACGCGCACACGUACUACACGGAGGAGGAGUUCUGGCAGGCGUACGACCGGGAGUGGUACGACGGGCUGCGCGAGAAGUAUGGCGCGACGACGCUGCCGACCGUGUACAACAAGGUCAAGGUGGACGUCGACGCGCGCAAGGAGGAGCUCAAGGGCUGGCGCCAGACCGUCAAGUCGAAGCCGCCCAUCGGCGGCCUCUACGGCAUCUGGAAGGCCAUCCAGAGCAAGGACUAUCACCUGCACCGCCACGCCGAGUGGAAGUACAAGGGCGAGAAAUGA